UCUACGUUCUAACACAAUGCCCUCCAAGGCCAAGACAUCCUUCUGCCUUCAAGGGACGCACAGAACGGCAAUUCAUCCUUGGCACGCAACAAGCAGAUUGCUUUUCUUCAUGAUCUCACUGUUUCCAAAGGCAAUUCCAGCCAUACACUUCCCUAAAACCUUGCCCUGUGAUGUGAAUGAUGCUUCAAAACCUUUUGUGACUGUGGAUUGUAGUGAAAGGCGCCUCAUAAAAUUUCCAAAUGAAAUUCCUAACAAAGUUACCAAUCUGACACUUUCCAUUAAUCACAUCCCAGAGAUUACCAAAAGUUACUUUGAAAACCUUACAAACCUUCUGGAGAUUGAUUUCAGGUGCAACUGUGUGCCUGUUAUGCUGGGACCUAAGGAUCAUGUCUGCACCAAGAGUCUACAAAUCCAAAAUCAAAGUUUUGCUGGACUCCACAAAUUGGAAUCGCUCUACUUAGAUGGCAAUCAGCUCUCUGCAAUCCCUCAGGGUCUACCUCAUACCUUACAUCUUCUGAGCCUUGAAGCAAAUGCCAUUUUUUCCAUCAAAAAAGAAAAUUUGUCAGAACUUGGGCACCUGCAAAGUCUCUUCCUAGGGCAGAACUGCUAUUACCGCAAUCCCUGCAACAUUUCGUAUGACAUUCAUGAAACAGCCUUUCAGGCCCUUACAACAUUGAAAGUGUUGUCCUUGAAAGCUAAUAACUUAUCAUCGGUCCCACAGAACCUGCCAUCCACUUUAACGGAACUGUACCUUUAUAAUAACAUGAUUCGCAAUAUCUGUGAGCAUGAUCUAAUCAAUCUUGAUAAUUUGGAAAUUCUUGACUUAAGUGGUAACUGCCCUCGCUGUCACAAUGCCCCAUAUCAUUGUACUGAAUGUCCCAAUAAGGCAAGUAUUUUAAUCCAUCCCAGAGCCUUUGAGUCCUUAAAGCAAUUAAAAACUUUGCGGCUGCACAGCACCUCUCUUCGUACAGUGAACAGUAGCUGGUUUAAAAAUACUAAGAAACUUGAAGUACUUGUUCUUUCACAAAAUUACUUGGCUACAGAAAUUGAGAGUGCCAAAUUUCUAACAUUUCUUCCUAACCUUGUGGACCUGGACUUGUCUUUCAAUUUUGCACUGGGAUCAUACCGUUCACAUUUGACUUUGCCAAAACCAUUUUCUAAACUUUCUAAUCUAAAAUACUUAAGAAUCAGGGGGUUUGUUUUCAAGGAACUAGAUCAACAUACUAUAGAUAAUUUGAUUCCUCUUAAAAAUCUGAGUGUGGUGGACUUUGGAACUAAUUUUAUAAGGAAUGCUGACAUUGCUAUGUUUAAAAAAUUCCAAGCUCUUAAAAUUGUAAACCUUUCCUUCAAUAAAAUCUCUCUUUUUUCAAAUGAAUCCAAUGAUCGGCUUUAUUCUGUCCCCAGACCUUUAGCAGACAGAUAUGAUAGCACUGUGCUGCAAGAUAUGCAGUAUUUCAGAUACGAUGAAUAUGGUAGAAGCUGCAAGUCUAAAGACAAAGAGUCUGCUUAUUCAUUGCCUUUUGCCAUUGAACCUUCUUGUAGCAAGUAUGGGGAAACAUUGGAUUUAAGCAGAAAUAAUAUGUUUUUUAUCAACCCCUCUGAUUUCCAGCAACUGACUUUCCUUAAGUGCCUUAACUUGUCCGGUAAUGCUAUGAGCCAAACUUUGAAUGGAACUGAAUUCCAGUAUCUGUCCGGCUUGAAAUACUUGGAUUUUUCUAACAACCGGAUUGAUUUGCUAUAUUCAACAGCCUUUCAAGAGCUGAAAGAACUGGAAAUUUUAAACUUUAGUGACAAUAGCUUUUUUUUCAAGGCAGAAGGCAUCACUCACAUGUUCGGAUUUACGAGAAAUUUGGUCAACUUGACAACGUUGUUAAUGAAUGGGAAUGAGAUUUCUAGAUCCACUGAUAAAGGAAUGGAAAGCUGUUCCCUCAAAACAUUAGAAUUUAGAAAGAAUCGCUUAGAUAUUUUAUGGAAGGAUGGGACUACUGAAUAUUUAUCAUUCUUCAAGAACCUGAGCAGCCUGGAGAAUUUGGACAUUUCUGAGAACUCUCUGAGUUUUUUACCUCCUUCUGUGUUUGAUGGACUGCCGAAAAAGCUCAAAGUGCUCAAGCUGGCCAAUAACCAGUUGAGGAGUUUUAAUUGGGGGAAACUUGAUGUGCUGAAGAAUCUACUAGUUUUGGAUCUUAGCAACAACCAGUUGAGUACAGUUCCCCGUAAGCUUUCCAACUGUUCUGGGAUCCUUCAGAAGUUGAUGCUACAAAACAACAGGAUCAAAAGGCUGACAAAAGAUUUCCUCCAACAUGCCUUCCAUCUGACAUAUUUAGAUCUUAGUUUUAAUAAGAUCAAAACGCUCAGUAAUUCUAGCUUCCCAAAAAACGAUAUUAAGAAUCUGACGAUGUUACUUUUACGCGGCAAUCCUUUCAAAUGUAAUUGUGAUCUUGUGUGGUUUGUCUCAUGGAUCAAGCAGACAAAUGUGACGAUUCCUUUCCUGGCAACAGAUGUGACUUGUGUGGGCCCAGGCUCAUGGAAAGGUAAAAGUGUGGUUUUCUUAGACUUGAAUACGUGCGAGCUGGACCUCUCCAACACCUUCUACUUAUUUUCAGUCUCAGUCAUAAUGUUUCUGAUGACAGUCCCAGUUAUAAGCUACCGAUACUUCUGGGAUGUGUGGUAUAUCUACCAUUUCUGCACUGCCAAUUUAAAAGGAUAUCAACGUGUAUUUUCAUCUGAUGUUGCGUAUGAUGCCUUUGUGGCUUACGAUAAGAAAGACCCAGCUGUAACUGAAUGGGUCCUGAAAGAAUUAGUUGAAAAACUAGAAGAUCAGAAAGAGAAACAAUUCAAUUUAUGCCUGGAAGAAAGGGACUGGCUACCGGGGCAACCAGUUCUGGCUAACCUUUCUGAGAGUAUACAAGGGAGCAGAAAAACUAUAUUUGUUCUAACAAACAGGUACAUUGUUAGUGGCAACUUCAAGAUAGCCUUUUACAUGGCACACCAACGCCUCAUGGAUGAAAAAGUUGAUGUAAUCAUCCUUAUAUUCCUUGAGAAGGUUUUGCAAAUGUCUAAGUAUCUCCGCCUCCGGAAGAGACUUUGUGGUAGAUCUGUCCUCAAUUGGCCAACCAAUCCUCAGUCUCAGAGUUAUUUCUGGCAUUGUCUGAGAAAUUCACUAGCAGCAAACCAUGACUUGAGCUAUAACAAGCUUUUCAAAGAAAUGGUAUAGCUUGGUCACGUUCUAGGAAAAGGCCUUGUAAGAUAAGCUGCGCUAAAGGAA